AUGACAGAGACUGCGACUAGAAACCACUCCGUCCUCCACUCUACCCGAAACACUCCAUUCCCUUGUUCAUCUGUCAACGAAGUGAGCGGAGGUAUCGCGAACGCAACAUUCCGUGGGAAACUUGACUGCGCCCUUGAAGACGGAACCGAUAGUGUCAUAAUCAAGCAUGCCGAAAAGGCGCUUGACAAGAUGCCUGAUCGAACGAUGUCCACUGCGCGGUGUAAUACAGAACAAUCCCUUCUGAGAGCCCUCCCUACCACACCAGUCCGCCUGAUCCAACACGGGCCGGUCACGAUCCAGAGUCCGGAGGUCUACCACCAUCUCUCUCAGGAAAACACGCAGAUCAUCCAGGACUUUCCCCACGACUGUACGCUACACGCUUGGCUGGCGGACUCAACGAUAUCCCACAAUGAGGAGACAAUUGCAGCGCUAGGAGAAGCAUUAGGGAUCUGGCUUGCUCGGUUUCACGCGCUCUCAGAGGGCGGGAUUGAAGCGGGCCUAGCGGAUGUGGUGAAGAUGAACAGCGACUCAUCUAACCGUGAUAUUGCCUCCGUGAAGCUGCAGUCGAUUGAGCGACAAUGUGACGACGAAAAAGUACGGCGAUACGUCCAGGACAUCUUGUUCCGGAGACCGCAAAACAGCAAUACGAUAGUUCAUGGGGACUUUUCCACAAGAAAUAUGUUAUUCCAAGGUCCAUCGUCCAAGUCCACGUCAACCACCGAGCAAGCUGGCUCCUGCUCGUUAGCAAUAAUUGACUGGGAGCUGUGCUGCUACGACGACUUUGCGCGCGAUGUGGGAAACAUAAUUGCCGACUUGUACAUGCAGCACCGCUUCACCGGCCGAGAUGCGCCUCUUACGCUCCUCAAAGCCUUUGUUGCCCGCUACCCAUCGUUGAGCGAAGAUGAGGUCUAUCGAACCGUGGUCCAUGUCGGCGAGAACUUCUUCCACUGGAUUGCUUAUGCCCCGAAAGAUCCUCCCAAGGAGCAGACCGAUGAGAUAGUGCAGUUUGGGAAGGAGCUGAUUAUCAUGGGUACUGAAAGGGAUCGCAAACGGAUUGAGGGGACCUUUUUUGGGCGCCUAUUUCAAUAG